CGCCGCCUCCCCGGAUAUGGGUAGGGUAACCGACGACGUAGAUGCCCACACCGUGAACAAUGGUGGGGACAAUACUGGAAGUUGCUUCGUUGACGAAAGGGUGAAGGAGUCUUCUACUACCGCGUCAAAACCUAAACGUCAACCAGCAGCCACUACUGGUCGUCGGCAGGGUCGACUUGCCAACUUAAUGAAGAUGCCAGUAGACAUCUUCGCGGAGAUUGUCGGGCACCUGGAACCAAUUGACCUAUUGCACCUAGCACGCACGACGAAGUUCAUUCGUUCAAUUCUUAUGUCUAAAUCUUCCAAGUUGAUGUGGAAGAGAGCCAGGGGGUCGCUAGAUGGCUUCCCGCCCUGCCCACCGGACCUCUGCGAACCAGAAUACGCCAGCCUGGUAUUUGAAACUCGUUGCAUGAUUUGUCAUAUGAACCGCGCGCAACUCAUGGACUGUGUCUUGAGAACCCGGGCUUGCAAAGCACACAUGCCAGAGCUACAAUGCCCUUCAUUCCCUUUCAUCCUGUACGAGUUCGAGGUUGAAGAAAUGUAUUAUGAUGUUCUUUACUCGAUGAUGCCCAAGAAUCAAUUGGGUUACCUGAGCAGAAAAGAAGUAUACACAAUUAUCCCGAAAUAUCUGUCGCUGGUAGGGGGCGACGAACAAAUCCUGAAUUCCUAUGUCGAGGAGAUGAAGGUCCGUGCCACUCAGAUUGAGGAGCAUGGUCUCCAGCUCCAGAAUUGGCGUUCGGCUCAAGCUGCUCAAAGGUACGAACGUAAAAAAGAUGCAAUCCAAGGCAGAAAGGAGAGUAUCUUUCAAAAACUGCGCGAGCUUGGAUAUGAAGAUGUGGACAUCACGCUUUCAACGGAUCGGGAGUACAACCGCUUCCUUGAUCAACCGGCGGCUCUUACUCCAAUUAUUUGGCGUCGCAUCGAGCCUGCGCUCGUAAAGAUCCUCGAAGCUCGCCGGCAGCGCCGUCUUGACUUGGAGAAACUAGAGCGAAAAGUAGAUCGUCGACGCGAUAUCAGGUUACAUGUGGAAAGAUCCGCCCUUAAGGUCGUGGAACUCAAACAGCAUGAGCCUUUCCACUCGGACUGCUGGCAAGAAACUUUCCCCCGUGGUGCCUGCCUCUAUAACUUGCCCUCUGUUAUCCCGUUGGUUGAAACCGAUAACCCAAGUGUUACAAGGGAGGAGUGGGAGUCUCAAGAAACUCAAUUUCUUGCAGAAGCUCGCCCAUAUCAACUCCGCACACGGAGGUUCUUGGCGGCUGUAGCGCGCAAUGAGCCCGCAUCACUAGCCUUGCAGGCAGAGGAAACCCAGCAAGACUCAGGGGGGCUCGCUGAAAGCGAUGAAACUGAUGCUCAGCUUCUCAAUCAUCCUACCGCCUUAUUUAUCGUGGGUGCCUAUGUCGAUCCUUACGCCUAUGGCUGCUACAGCCUGGCAGCUUACCCUGCUAUUCUUUCCAACCUUGACGACGACGACGACGACGAUUAUUUGUUUGGUCACCUGUCGAAAAUAACGAUGCCAAAGGAAUCGUCAUCCAUGGCUGAAAUCCUUUUUCAACGGAUACAAGCGAUGGACCCCAACAUGUCCACAAUGACCAAGCUUUUGGAAAUGAACACUGGGUUCUUAUGUGGCUGCUGCAGCACGCCAUUUGCGAAUCCAGUGACAUGGCCCCAGCUAGUAUGUAUUAUAUGGUUCAGGUAUGAUUGCUUGCACCAAUUGGGCCAUUAGGUUGCACAUUUUACGGACGAAAAGCUUUGGUAUGAACGGGAAAAGUGUUCCGCAGCAACGAAUCAUCGGUCAACUUCAUCACUUCCCAACGUCCCCUUAAUAGACGACCACGAGACGCCGAAGGUGAUUCUCUUGCGUACGAAGGCAGAACAAGAUGCCCAAAGGGAACUUGUUGCUAGUCGCGUGGAAGCCGAGUCCCCGAUCAUGCUCUACGAGUGUAGGCGUUGCGACCGACGAAGCGUGCAUGAUCCAAUUUCCUUGUAUUCGUGGUCAACGAAAAGCGAGCUUCAGGACCACUUGUUGACGA